AUGUCAGCUCCACUCGGGCCCCGGGGCCCAGGCGCCCCCCCCCGCCGGCUGGAGCUACCCGACCUGCCGGACCUCAGCCACCUCACCGAGGAUGAGAGGAAGAUCAUCCUGGGCGUCAUGGACCGACAGAAGAAGGAAGAUGAGAAGGAACAGUCAAUGCUAAAGGUCAAAGAAGAACAAAAGCCUCAGCCGGCACAGUGGUUUAGUCCCUUUAGUGGGAUCACUGAGCUGGUAAAUAACGUUCUGCAACCGCAGCAAAUGUCCCAAAAUGAGAAGGAGCCUGAGCCUGAGCCUGAGCCUGAGCCUGAGCCUGAGACGAAGCUGCACCAGCAGUUUGAGAGCUACAAGGACCAGGUGAAGAAGAUGGGGGACGAUACGACCCCGCAGACGGGGACGACAGGAGAACCCCAGAAGAACCCCAAUGACUCUCCUACCUGUGGGAUUUGCCACAAAACCAAAUUCGCUGACGGCUGCGGCCACCUCUGUUCAUAUUGCCAAACAAAAUUCUGUGCUCGGUGUGGAGGACGAGUGUCUCUGCGGUCAAAUAAGGAGGACAAAGUGGUUAUGUGGGUAUGCAACUUGUGCCGAAAACAACAAGAAAUCCUAACCAAGUCGGGGGCGUGGUUCUACAGCGGCGCCGCAGGGCCACGGGGCGGGUCUGAGGGCCCCAGGGGUCGACGUCACGAGGAGGCCCCCCAGGAGAAGAAGGCCAAACUGCAGCAGGAUCUCCUCUACCAGGGGCCCACAGGGGACAUAUCAGCAGAUAGAAGCAGACCUCCUGGGCUCCCCAGACAAGGCUCCCUCAACAACGGCUCAGGGCUGAGGCUCUCAGGUCCAGGACAGGAUAUAGACAGGAAACGAAGCCCAUCAGCAUCCAGGGAUCCAAACCAAAGAUACGACCAAAGGGAGGAGCGGGGUCAGUAUGCCCUGGGGGACGGCACCAUGCCCAGAUCACCGUCCGACUACGGGGAUGGGGACCCUCGGCGUGGGGCCCCACGGAGGUACCAAGACGCUGAGGCGGCGCGGGGGGAGUACCGUGGUGGGCGUGGCCGCUGGCGCUCCCAUGAGGACUACCCUCUGGACCAGGACGGGCCCUACCCUCUAGACGGGCCCUACCCUCUAGACGGGCAGCCCAAUGAGUACGAGCUGCAGCGCCAGCGCCAGGAGGAGUACCAGACACGCUACCGCUCCGACCCCAACCUGGCCCGUUACCCCGUCAAGCCCCAGCCCUACGAGGAGCAGAUGAGGAUGCAUGCUGAGGUAGGCCGGGCCAGGCACGAGAGGCGCCACAGUGAUGUGUCUCUGGCCUACACGGAGCAGGAUGAGCCCCAGGGACCAAUCCGCCUGUCCAGACAGCACCUGACCGAGCGCCGGCCGCCCAUGGUGGGCCAACGCUCCUACUCCAUGGACAGAAACUCCCCCACUCCUGGUGGCCACCCCCGGACCUCCAACCACAGCCCCCCCACCCCACACCGCAGCCCCGUGCUGGGGGACAGGUCAGGGGACAUGAGGCGGGGGCCAGGGGAGCCAAUAGGGUUCAGGGGUCAUGAUUAUCUGGACCCCAGCUCUGCAGUCAGGAAGACCAAGAGGGAGAAGAUGGACACCAUGUUGAGGAACGACUCUCUGAGCUCUGACCAGUCCGAGUCCAUCAGGCCGCCGCCACCAAAGCCCCACAAAACUAAAAAGGGGGGUAAGAUGCGGCAAGUGUCCCUGAGCAGCUCGGAGGAGGAACUGGCCACCACGCCGGAGUACACCAGCUGUGAGGACGUGGAGAUAGAGAGUGAGUCUGUCAGUGAGAAAGGGGACAGUCAAAGGGGGAAAAGAAAAACUAUUGAGCAGGCAUUUUUGUCCGACUCAACACACAACACCUUAUCUGAGAGGCAAAAGAAAAUGGUUCGCUUUGGGGGCCACUCAUUGGAAGAGGACGCAGAAUGGUGCGAACCCCAGGUUAAAGACUCUGGCGUUGACACAUGCAGUAGCACUACCCUAAACGAGGACAAUCAGCAUAGCCAUAGUGAGAAGCAUCCAGUGACAUGGCAGCCCUCCAAAGAUGGGGAGCGCCUAAUGGGGCGGAUUCUGCUCAACAAGCGGAUGAAGGAUGGAAGUGUACCUCGAGACUCAGGAGCACUGCUGGGACUGAAGGUGGUGGGUGGAAAGAUGACAGAAUCUGGUAGACUUUGUGCUUUCAUCACUAAAGUGAGGAAAGGAAGUCUAGCGGAUACUGUUGGACACCUCAGACCAGGCGACCAGGUGCUGGAGUGGAACGGGAGGUUUUUACAAGGAGCCACAUUUAAAGAAGUUUACAAUAUCAUUCUAGAAUCAAAGCCAGAACCCCAGGUGGAACUGGUGGUCUCAAGGCCCAUAGGAGAUAUUCCUCGGAUACCAGACAGCACACAUGCACAACUGGAAUCAAGUUCGAGUUCCUUUGAGUCUCAGAAGAUGGAUCGCCCUUCCAUCUCUGUCACGUCUCCCAUGAGCCCCGGGAUGCUGCGGGACGCCCCCCAGUACCUGUCAGGACAGCUCUCAAGCCAAAGCCUUAGUAGAAGAACAGCGCCUUUUGUCCCUAGGGUCCAGGUCAAACUGUGGUAUGACAAAGUGGGCCAUCAGCUAAUAGUCACCAUCCUGGGAGCCAAGGACCUGCCUUCUAGGGAAGAUGGCCGCCCCAGGAACCCUUACGUCAAAAUCUACUUCCUCCCUGACAGAAGCGACAAAAGCAAGAGGAGAACAAAAACGGUAAAGAAAUCCUUAGAGCCCAAAUGGAACCAGACCUUUAUGUAUUCUCCUGUGCACCGGCGGGAGUUCCGUGAGCGCAUGUUGGAGAUCACCCUGUGGGACCAGGCCAGGGUCAGGGAGGAGGAAAGCCAGUUCCUGGGAGAGAUACUGAUAGAGCUGGAGACAGCCCUGCUGGAUGAUGAGCCUCACUGGUACAAGCUACAGACCCACGACGUGUCCUCCAUGCCCCUCCCCCGCGCCUCACCCAACCCCCAGCGCAGACAGCUCCACGGAGAGAGCCCCACGAGGAGGCUACCCAUACAGAACAAGGGGCCGUAUUCGUACAAUUCAGGAUCUCAGAGAAUCAGUGACAGUGAGAUCUCUGACUAUGACUGUGAAGAUGGUGUUGGUGUAGUGUCAGACUACCGGCAGAACGGCAGGGACCUACAUAGUUCCACGUUGUCUGUCCCAGAGCAGGCGAUGUCAUCCAACCACUGCUCGCGGUCGGCAGACAUGAACCGGGCGCGGUCGCGGUCCCCCAGUGUCCCCCCUCCACAGAGCAGAAGCCUGGACCCCGGCUAUGACAUUGACCCCGCCUCGUCUCAGUACAGCUCCUCCAGUAGAGUGGACCGGCGCAGUGUGUCCGAUGACCACCACUCACCUGACAGCCGCAACCACCGCAUAUCCAACAUCAGUCGAGAAGAGGCUGUCAGGUUACUGCGCUCCACUAGGAUGUCCCGAGCCCACUCAGAGGGCGCGUACUCCUCCUCUGCUUCCGUCGACUAUGACUACAAGAGGAACCACGGAGUCGUUGACAGGCAUGUGUAUCACAGCAGGUCCAGGUCAGCUGACCAGCGUCCCGCGCUAGAGCGCACCACCACGGAGCGGCCCGACUCCGCCCUCAUGAGGUCCAUGCCGUCUUUACCCUCCGGACGCUCCGCCCCUCCCUCACCUGCCUUAACGAGGGCGAACCCCCGCAGCGGAUCGGCUCAAACCAGCCCUACCAGUACCCCCAUGUCUGACAGGAGAGGAGGUCGGCAACUACCACAGCUUCCACCCACAGGGACCAAGGGCAGAAGUGCUAUGGAUGUGGAGGAGAGGACCAGACAGAUGAAGCUGAAGGUGAACAAGUUCAAGCAGGGGGCCGGGUGCGACUCCAGACUGGAACAGGACUACAACAAGAGGAGGGAUGGUCAGCGGGGUUCAGACAACAUGUCAGCCAAGUCUUCGGACAGUGAUGUAAGCGACGUGUCCGCUGUGUCGAGAACCAGUAGUGCCUCUCGGUUCAGCAGCACGAGCUACAUGUCUGUCCAAUCAGAACGGCCGCGAGGAAAGCAGAAGAUCAGUGACUUUACGUCCAAAAUGAAAAACAGGCAGUUGGGCACGUCGUCAGGGAGUAUGAACAUGACCAAGAGCACAAGCAUCGGUGGAGACAUGUGCAACCUGGAGAAGACGGACGGCAGCCAAUCGGACACGGGCGUGGGCAUGGUAGGCGGGGACGGGGACGGGGACAAGAAGAGACGCUCCAGUAUUGGUGCCAAAAUGGCGGCAGUGGUUGGCCUCUCGCGGAAAAGCAGGAGUACCUCUCAGCUCAGCCAAACAGAAGCAGGUGGGAAGAAGCUUCGCAGCACCGUGCAGAGGAGCACAGAGACGGGCUUGGCCGUAGAGAUGAGGAGCAGGAUGACUCGGCAGGCCAGCAGGGAGUCCACCGACGGCAGCAUGAACAGCUACAGCUCCGAGGGAAACCUGAUCUUCCCUGGUGUGAGACUGUCCUCCGACGCCCAGUUCUCUGACUUCCUGGAUGGACUAGGCCCAGCCCAGCUGGUUGGACGACAGACGCUAGCUACACCACCCAUGGGUGACAUCCAGAUUGGAAUCGUAGACAAGAAAGGAGCGCUGGAGGUGGAAGUGAUCCGAGCCCGUGGCCUUGUGGGAAAACCAGGUUCCAAGGCACUGCCAGCACCAUAUGUAAAAGUGUAUCUUUUGGAAAACGGAGCCUGCAUAGCCAAAAAGAAAACAAAAGUAGCAAGAAAAACCUUGGAUCCCCUUUACCAGCAGCAACUGCCUUUCGAAGAGGCUCCUGGAGGGAAAGUUCUACAGAUCAUUGUAUGGGGAGACUACGGACGCAUGGACCAUAAAUCCUUUAUGGGAGCAGUUCAGAUACUUUUAGAUGAGCUGGACCUGUCUAACAUGGUGAUUGGCUGGUUCAAGCUCUUUCCUCCUUCCUCAUUGGUGGACCCUACCCUGGCCCCCUUGACAAGAAGAGCUUCCCAAACGUCAUUGGAUAGCCGGUCAUAGCAGUGUGUGGACUGAUAGCAUUGUUGUAGCAGCACCCAGUGUUGAGGUUGAACAUGCUGCGACAGACAGGUCACGCCCCCCGGUUACACUGCAUGCUUGAUGUUGUGUCUUCUGAGCCUGUUUCUAGGGGUGCAAACGUGAUCCUGUGUUUUGACAAAAAUGUCGCACACAUUGUGCGUAGCGAGCGUCGCUCCUUCGGCCGGGUCUGAGCACCAGCUCGGAUUAGAAGGCCGUAACGGACUCCUUAGCACCAGGAAUGGUCUCUAAAUCGAGCGAUUCCAGGUUUUCAUCCAAUCUAAGCCAUGGGGGUCGGAACUGGGAACCCGCUCGAUGAGUUCUACAGAAGCCCUUUUCGAAUGAAAAAUACAUGUUUUUGUUUAUAAUUAUUUGUUUUGUUUUUUUGUUUGUUUUAUUGUCGAUGUACUUGCAUACCUGAAGGGGUGACUGACAGUGUUGUCCUGUCCAGAAGCUUGGUCAUGCCACGCCAACAGACCUAGCUAGAUGUGUAAAUGGAACUAUGAGGAUCAUUGCAAUUGGAGAGGUGGGGUGUCCCAACUAAAGCUCAGACUCCGAAUAUAAGGCCCUAGUCAAAAUAGUAGUAGAUCACACCAGAGAGAGACAAUACUAAAGUUACUAAAGGCAAUACAGAAGUGGCUACUGUACUAUCGACACUCCAGAAUCUAUUGAUCAGAACCCACAACAAGACUAACUUUUAUGACCUAACAUUAUUAUUUCUCUGUUGAUAUAUUGUAUGACAUUUAAAUGAAGAUUUAAAAAAAAGAUUUUUUUGCAUGCACAAAAAUUUAGCUGAAAAAAAAAGACCAUUAUUUUCUUGAGGCUGCGACUUGCAAAAAAAGAUCAUUAUUUUCUUGAGGCUGCGACUUGCAAAAAAAGACCAUUAUUUUCUUGAGGCUGCGACUUGCAAAAAAAGACCAUUAUUUUCUUGAGGCUGCGACUUGCAAAAAAAGAUGAAGAAAAACAAAUAAAACACAUCAGCCAUUUUCAACAAUUUAUAUUAUUUUUUAAAUAUAAAUUUCACUAGUGCAUGGUUUUCAAAGGGGAGUGAGUGCAACAGCGUGAUAAAAAAAAGACACAUUGUUUAUCAUUCUUUAGACCAUCCAUAACAUAAGUCUGUGUUUGGCAGACAUACAGUAAGAGAAACUCAAAUAAAAACUUUUGGAGUUAUUUAACAAAAAAACUGUUUAUGUGACAAAGUGAUGAUGAAAAUAAAUGUAAAUGAUUUAUUUCAUUGUAAAGGUUUUACAAGCCUUAUAAAGAUAAACAUUAUGUGCAAAUUGUACACGUCUCUUUCUCUCCCUUGUCCCAGGGCAUCCCCCUGAUAUUGUCCAGAGUUUCAGGACUGUUGCUUCUUUUACAGCUCUGUAUCGUUUCAAUAUGUCUUUUUGGGCGAUUUGUUGAACAAGCAUGUUGAAAAGGAUUUUCUGCAACAUGGCUUGGGCACACCUUAAAGUAACUCAGCAUGUUUUGAUAAAGAGGAUGUUUGGGAGUUUUGCAGUUUCUUGUACAGUGCAUGUCAACUUCGUUACUCCCCCCCCCCUCACCUUCAAUUGAAUUCUACAGAAAAUUCAUUAGUUACUUUCAUGGCCAAACUAUUAAAACGUUUUAACAAAACAUUCCACUAACCCCUAGAUCAUAUUUUAUUUCCACUUUUUCAACAAAAAAAAGACAAGGGAAAAUAUUUUAUAUUCAUUGGAGGUUGACAAAAAAAGUUAUGGUUGCGAGUGUAUUUUAUUUCAGUAUUGUUAACUAACAUGCAAAAAUAAUCUGUAUUGGUACAGCAAGAAGGAUAUUUAUAUCCAAGCAAGAAGCGGCAAACAUACAACUUAUGUCCUGUAUAUUGCUGUGUAGUUCAGGCACUGUUUCUGAGGACGAGGAAAAACACAAGGUCAAACAACAUGGGAUAUUGCCACACAAUAUGAAUUUAGUUUUUUUGUUUUUGUGAAAAUAUAAUUAAUUUAAUAUAUUUUUAUUAGUUUAUUUAUAAGCCAAGACCAGUUUAUUUUUUAUUUUUAGUAAUUGUAAAUGCUUCUUGUGUAUGGGAGGUAUAUGAAUCUUACAGUUAUGUCUGAAUGAAAAUAAACUGAGACGUUAUUCCUUUUCCAUGUUAAACCAAUACAUUCUAAUGUCCAUCCGAUAUCUUGUCGCUAUAACAAGCUAUAUACUUUCGUUUUUGAUUUACAUUGUACAUAUUAGAAAUUUGAAUAAAACAAGCAAACACAAAUAGAUGACAAUAUUUUGGAAUAGGAAUAAUGUCUCACAUGAUGACAAAGACAUGUUAUUUACCCUUUGAAUGCCUUUUCUUUCUUUUGUUUUGGUGCAAUGUGUUUAUGCCAAGGCUAUGUCUUGGUGAAGUAUGGUUGAGUACAGAGAUUUAUGUAAGUUAUUUUUCAAAUAAAAAAUGGAUAUUACACUGA